AAUGCUAAAGUCAUCAUAUUUGACUUUGACUACAAAACUUACAAACUUCAUAAUUGAAUACAGUUCUUCAAGCAGCCUGGCCGCCAUUGAUAGGAUUGAGCACCACUAUCUCCUCCUGCUCUGUGAGAUUUCCAAAAAGUGAGAAAGCAUGAGUGAGGUAAAUCACCAAAGUAUAAAAACCAAUGGAAUAUGGAUGCACAUAGCAGAGCAAGGGGCAGGACCACUAGUGCUUCUUCUUCAUGGGUUCCCAGAAACUUGGUAUUCAUGGCGCCACCAAAUCACUUUUCUGGCAAAUCACGGUUAUCAUGUGGUUGCACCUGACAUGAGAGGCUAUGGUGACUCUGACUCCCCGCCAAGUCCCAGCUCCUACACCAUGAUACAUCUUGUGGGCGACCUCAUAGGCCUUUUGGACCAUUUAGGUGAACAACAGGCAUUUGUGGUGGGACAUGAUUGGGGGGCAAAUGUUGGGUGGCAUUUGAGCUUGCUGAGGCCUGACAGAGUCAAGGGGCUAGUUACUCUAUCUGCCCCAUACUUCAACAGAUCUCCAAGUUCUAAAGUAGCUGAAUUUUUCAGAACAAUGUUCGGUGAUGGUUUUUACAUCUGUCAGUUCCAGGAACCUGGAAGAGCAGAGAGGGCAUUUGCAAGGUAUGAUUAUCUAACAGUGAUGAAGAAGUUCUUGCUCCUAACCAAGACAGAUGCUCUGUUCGCUCCUCCAGGUAUGGAGAUAAUUGAUUAUCUGGAGACCCCAUCGGUGUUGCCAAAAUGGAUUACUGAAGAGGAACUUCAGGUCUACGCAGACAAGUUCCAGGAAUCUGGCUUCACAGGUCCUCUCAAUUAUUAUCGUGCCAUGGACCUGAACUGGGAGCUUAUGGCACCAUGGCAAGGAUCAAAAAUUACUGUCCCAACAAAAUUCAUAGCAGGUGACAAGGAUUUGAAUUCCGAAUCUUUUGGUACAAGGGAAUAUGUGACAGGGGAUGUUUUCAAGGAACUUGUCCCCAAUGUCGAAGUUGUUUUCCUAGAUGGGCACCAUUUUAUCCAACAGGAGAAAGCUGAAGAAGUCUCAGAUGAAAUUCUUUUCUUCAUCAGGAAAAUUACCAAGGAUCAGUAGAUUUUCUCGUGUUUAAAAAACCAUGUUUAAAAAUAUUGUUUAUAGAAUCUUGAAGCAUCCAUACACCUAGGGAACCGACCAAUGUGAUUUUGAAUAAAUGCCACCUCUCCCAAUUGUUUCCAUCAAACUCAAAAUAGUAUUAUGCCUUUAUGUAAUAAAGACAGAAAAGUUACAA